AUGACCCGCGCUGUCAGUUGGGAAGACGAUUUUCAGCUCCAAUUUGGAAAUGCCCUCGAGCAAACGCUUCUUGGAGCGUCAUUUAUCAGUAUAUCGGCCGAUACGCUUGUUUAUUUAUUUUUGAGGAUAGCCAAACAACACCAACCGACCAACAACAACCAAAAAGUCAGCGCCGAGCUACGGCUGUCGAUCUUGGCCUUCACGACGCACCUCGUCCAAAUCAUCCCGACAAUCACCCUUCAACCCUAUAUCUUUACUACCUUUCGAUGGGUGCUAUCCCAUUACGUAACCAUCUACAACUAUCACUGGAAUACGGUGCAAGGAUCG